GGUCGCGGCGAAGCUGAACAUUGUUCCCGUGCGCCGCGGCUACUGGGGCAACAAGAUUGGUGAGCCGCACACAAUCCCGAUGAAGGUGACGGGCAAGUGCGGCUCCGUGGCCGUCCGCCUGGUCCCCGCACCGCGUGGCACCGGCAUCGUCGCCGCCCCCGUCCCGAAGAAGAUUCUGGAGUUUGCCGGCGUCGAGGACGUGUACACAUGCUCCUGCGGCAAGACCCGCACGCGCGGCAACUUCAUCAUGGCGACCUUCUAUGCCCUGCGCAAGACCUACGGCUUCCUGACACCCGACCUUUGGGCCGAGACGGAGGUCUCGCGCGACCCCACGGACGAGCACUCGGACUUUCUCACCAUGGGAGGCAAGAUGAUCGCCGCGUGA